AUGCCCACAAACCUGGACCAUGACGCUCAGUGCAUCAGCAAGAAGAGACACAUAGGCAACGACUUUGUGAACAUCAUAUUCAACGACUCUGGCCUGCCCUUCAAGUUCGACACGUUCCCAUCCGAGUUCAACUACGUCAACAUUGUCAUCACACCGGAGUCAAGGGCGUCAUUUGUUGCGACUCGCGAGCACGGUGCCCAGCAGCAAGAGGAAGGAGAGAAUGUCGAGGCUCUCAAUAGGGGCAGCUACACGCCUUUUUUCAAGGUCCAAGUCAUGAGCAAGGACGGCUUCCCCGAGAUCUCGCCCUGUGCCGCAACCAAGAUGAUUAGUCUGAAAGCACUGCCGGACUUUGUCCGUCUGCUCGCUCUUAACGCGUCAGUGUUUUCUCUCGUCUGGGCUCACCGCGAUCAGGGUGAGUACCCAUCCGCCUGGCGCAGCCGUCUCAGGGAGAUAAGUCGCCUACGUGAGCGUUAUGGGCCAAAAUUUGCGCCGGCGCUGGCAACAUCGCCGUCGACUGUUACGAGUCCUCACGCCUCGACAUCCAGCACGCCAGCACCAAUGUCGCUCAGCAGUGCGCUUGCCUCUGCACAGCAACAGCAGCCGCUGGGGCAGCCAAACACCGACAGCCGGCCCUCAAGUGGCGUCGCCAGGGACAGCAUUUCUGGGCUGAGCAUGCGUGACCUGCGUCGGGCUAGUGUAGCGACGUUCCUGACGACUACUAGCGAGCAGAAUUCACAGUCGCAUCGCAGCUCGGUAAUGAGCAACUCGACAGCGGACACGGAGAUUAUGAUGCAGGCUUUCAAUUUGGACUCCCUGGUCGAGAGUCUAGACUUUUCCAAGUGGGCUUAA